AAACUGAGGAGGGUUGUCCACCCCACGAGGAGCCAAGGAUCGGUCACGGCGGCGGAUGCGGGAGCGCUGUUCCCGCGGGAGCCGCAGACGAGCCCCCCCGGCAGCGGGAGGAGGAGGAGCGGGGGGUUUCCGCGGAGCCGGUGCCGAGCCCGGGGCCGCGACAGGCUCAUCCCCACCCGCCCGGCCGACCGCCGCCUCUCCAAGGUGGAGACGCUGCGCCUGGCCUCCAGCUACAUCUCGCACCUGGCCAACGUGCUGCUGCUGCAGCAGCGCCGGCAGGACGAGGCGGCCGCCGCCGAGCAGCCCUGCCCGCCGCCCUGCCCGCAGCCCUGUCCGCAGCCCUGCUCACAGCCCGGUCCGCAGCCCUGCCCGCAGCCCUGCCCGCAGCCCUCUCAGCCCUCUCAGCCCCCGCAGCCCUGCUCGCCGCCGGGUGCCUCCGCGCCUCGGUCCAUCUGCACCUUCUGCCUGAGCGAGCAGCGGCAGCGGCGCCGAGAAAGAGAGAAACCAUCACCUGGUCCAGCCGUAACCGGACUCUGAACAGGCUGAGGGCUCGCACCGCUCCUGCUCUGACUGUGCCACUGCUCUGGGUUUCAGCAGCACGCUGACAUGU